ACGUCUGCGCUGAGCCCGCCCGCCGCCGGCGUCGACUUCGACUCCUUCUCCUUUGGGCUCAACGGCGUUCAGACCGACAGCAUGUGGGUCUCGACGUUCAACGCGGAGCACGGCGAGUGGGACGUCGGCGGCCUGGUGCCCCGCGGCCCGCUCGCGCUCGACCCCGCAUCGACGGCGAUCAACUACGGGCAGUCCAUCUUCGAGGGCCUCAAGGCCUUCCGCCAGGUGGACGGUGGCGUCAAGAUCUUUCGGCCCGACCGCAACGCGGCUCGCAUGCGGGAGGGGUCUGCGCGCUUCCUCCUCCCCGACCUGCCCGAGGAGCUCUUCCUGCACGCCUGCGACGCGGUGGUUGCCGCCAACGCCCGCUGGGUCCCCCCGCACAAGCGUGGCACCCUCUACCUCCGCCCGCUGCUGCUCGGCUCCGGAGCCGCCCUCGGCGUUGGCCCGUCGCCCGUGACGACCUUCUGCGUGUACGCAUCGCCCGUGGGCAACUACUUCAAGGGCGGAGUGGGCGAGGCGCCGCCCAUCUCGCUGCAGGUCGCCGGCCAGUACCGCCGCGCCAUGCGUGGCGGUGCCGGCCGUACCAAGGCUGCGGGCAACUACGCGCCUUGCUUUGCGGCGUCCAAGGAGGCCAAGGGGGCAGGCUUCUCGGAGACGCUCUUCCUGGACGCGGCGCAGGGCACGUUCAUCGAGGAGGCGGGCGCGUCCAACUUCUUCGCGGUCGUCCCGGCGGCGAGCGGCGGGCUCGAGCUCGUGACGCCGCCGGUGGAGGCGGGCACCAUCCUGCCGGGCGUCACGCGUGCGAGUGUGCUGGCGCUGGCGCGUGCGGAGCUGGGACACCUGCUCACCGCUGGCGUCGCGGAGCGGCCGCUCGCCCUCGAGGAGAUUGAGCAUGCGACCGAGGUCUUUUGUACCGGCACCGGCGCGAGCAUCUCCUCCGUCGGCUCCGUCACGGCGCCGCUCGGCGAGGAUGGCUGCUCGGCGAUGUACGAGAUGAACGGCUGGGGAGAGGUGACCAAGGCGGUCGCCAACAAGCUGUUCGCCAUCCAGUGGGGCGAUUGCGCCGACGAGCACCAGUGG